UACAAUUAUAGACUUAUCGGAAAAUAUUUCUUGAUAAGAUUAUUAUCAAAGAUAAAAUACAAUCAUACAUACAUGACAGUGGCUGUUAAAGUGUUAAGAGUGCAAAAAUAUCAAGGAAUAUAAUUUAUUAAGGGAUAUCAAUUUUUAAUACAUUAAUAUGAAGAUAUUUAUCAUUCUGACCAUUUUUGAAUCAUUGUAAGUACUGGCCCAUAUUCAGAACACGCUUGUAACUAUGUUAGUGCUCUGUUAACCAAUGAAAAGCCACGCAAUAUGCCUUCUGAUUAGUUAACAGCACACUAAUAUAGUUAUAAGCAUGUUCUGAAUAUGGGUCAAUAUCUUUUGCUUCAAAAACAACAUUUUAAAAGUUAAAAGAGAUAUGAGUUGGAUAAGAGACAGGUUGAUUAUAUGUCUGAUAAUAUUUACAGCUUAGAAAUUGCUGCCAUAUAAAACUACGAUUGAUUUAUUUAAACAAUUAAGACAUGGAUCUGAGUCAACUUGAAGUAUCUAAAACAGAAAAAGAAAAUGUUUGUCUUACGGGAAAUCCAGAUACUUCAAACUGUGUAUCAUUUUUCAAGUUGGGAGAUACAUCACAAUUUAUUACUAAUAAUGAUGGUAGUGAUGGAGAAGCAGAAACCAUGUCCUUUGUAGUAUUAGGAAAAGAUUCAUUGGAUGCUAUUCAAGCUUCUUCUUUAGCUUCAUAUGUUGACAUUCAACAGAAAAGCAUGUCAGUUGAUUAUAACUCCUUGAUAUCAGUAUUGCCAAUAAAUGAGACACAUAAAAAACUAACCGAACUCUUACAAGAGAACACAAAAUUGAAGGAAACCUUAAAACAAAAUAGUUUAGCUAUGAAAAAACAACUUUCUACCAUGGCUUCAUGGCAAGGAAUUGUGAUGAAACUGCAUGAAAAUCACAAGAAAAAGUUUAAAGAAACUACUGAUUUAAUCAAUAAUCUUAAAAGAGAGAAUUUGGAGCUAAAAACUAGACUUGCCACACAACAGUCUGAAGAUACAGAACACAACUUUGAGGCAAUUAAUAGAACUAAUUCUGAUAACGAUGAUACUGUUAUAUAUACAUCGCAAUGGGAUAUUGAUGAUAUAACAUCUAAAACUGAAGCAUUGAAGUUUCAAAGUGAUGAAGCAUCUGAAUCUUUCAAAGAAGAAAAACAUGCAUCACUUGAUAAUCAGAAAUCUCAACUCUUGCAACAAACUGACUUCAUGGAAGGCCACUUGGAACAUUUAUCUAGCAUUACUUCCAAUGAGGAUAACACUUCCAAUGAGGAUAACACUAUUUCUGCUUAUAAAGCAGUAUCUCAGGGAGAAGCAUCUGCAUUACCACUUAAAAAAGAAGAGAAAUGUGUAUUAACUAAUAAACACUGCAAUUGUCAGUUCUCUUAUAAGGAUUUAAAGAAGGAAGCUGACCUUUCCACAGAAAUAUGUUAUAACAAAAUGAAUUAUAGUCUUAACCCAGAAGACAAAAUAUCGGGAUAUUAUGAUAAACAAAUACAAUAUAAAUAUGACACAAAUGAUAUUAAUACAUCUUCUGUAACAAUUAGAAAGUCAAAUCCAGCAAUUAAACACAUACAUAAGCUAAUGUUUUCUAUUGACAAGUGUGAAAUAGGUUCUACUCAUUGGAAUGAUAGGGAAUACGAAAAUAAUAGAAUGCGCUAUAACAAUCUGAUAUCUGAAUUGGUCACCAACUUUUUAGAAGUGAUUGGUCGAUUUGAUUCCGUCACACAACACUUACAUAAUAUUAUGAAUAUAUUUGCGCCUGUUGAGAUAGAUACAAGAAAGAAUACAUUUGCUAGUGAUAUGAAAUUAUUGAAAAUAUUUUCAAAAUAUAGAACUGAGAUGAUUACAUACCGUCAGUUAACAGCAAAUGAUGAAAUGAACCAUCUAAUUUCUACAACCUAUGACGCUUUAAAAAAGAUGCAUGAUGAAAUUCGUGACAUAUUUGUGAAUUACCAAGAAGCACUUUAUAUGGUGGACUUAACGAUGGACGAGAGUUUAAAAAUGACGAAUGCACAGGAUGACGAUAAUACGCAAGAGCAGACUGAAGUACAACAGAAAUUAAAAGCAUUGGCUAUCGAGCAGAACAAAAUACAGAAACAGAAAAAAGAACUGGAGGAGAAGAAACAUGAACUUGAUCUGUUAAGCAAUACAUUGGAUAAUAAGAGUAAACAUAUUGACGGUAUAUAUAUAUUACGCGAUCAACUUAUACGACGUAAAAAGUUAUACGAUGGUAAAGUGCAAGCUCUGCUGAAUGAAAGACAAUUAUUGUUGCAAGACCAGAAAAUAGAUGUAGCUGAUAUGUUAGAGAAAUACAAGCAAAAAGAUCUGGAAUGUAAAAAACUACAACAACAAUUAGAUCAAAGCAUUUUAGAUAUCAGUUUAUAUAAAAAUCAGUUGUCCAUGUAUGAAGAAGAUUUCAAACAAGAGAAAAAUGUAAAAGAGUUAUUGCAACUAGAGAAGAGCAAAUUAAACACGGAAUUAGAGAAACUAGUAACCCAUAAUAGGGAAUUAACAUCUUUGUUAUCAUCUACCGAUAUCGGUCGUAUUAAAAUGGGAACCACUUCUCAAAAUUCAAAUAAAGAGGUAAUGCAACCAUGUCCGAAAUGUGAGACAGCAUUUGCUACUCUGAUGGGCUUGACGGAGCAUAUUGAACAAUGCUUAAAUUUAAUUUAAUUGGAAGCAUUAAGUUUGAUUUUAUCGAAUAGACCAUUCGUAGCUGUCGAUUAUGUAGGCAGCUCACGUCUUCACUUCGAUUCCAUGGAUUCGGAAAAUGCACGCCAUCAUUCGAAUAAACUUGAAAGAAGAAAAUUCAUAUUUGGAAAAUGGAGAAUCUCUAGAACAUCUAGAAAUGAAGGAUAUUGUAUGUGUGUGUGUGUAUGAAAAGUUUAUCAACACUUAAAAAUUACCUCAAAAGUAAAAUAACUGGAUUACACUUAAAUGAUUCAAUUCUCAAACAGUUAGCGAUCUUUUCUCAAUGUGUUUUUAUAAUUUCUCUCUCUAAAAAUAAUAAUUUCAUUUUACUAAUUAUCUUUUAAAGAUAGAUUUUUUGCAUGUGAAACAAUUAUAUUUUUUUCA